AUGACCGAAUUGAAUUCACUCGCCCCGGCCCUGUCGGCCGCGUUGGCGAAGCGGGGCUAUGAAAGCCUGACGCCUGUCCAGGAAAGCGUUCUGAGCGACGCACCAGCAGAAGCGGACCUUCUCGUGUCCGCCCAGACCGGUUCCGGAAAAACGGUUGCCUUCGGCCUUGCUCUCGCCCCGACCCUCCUUCGCGACAAUGAACACCUUGGAAAAGCCGGUGCUCCGAUUGCCCUUGCGAUUGCCCCGACCCGUGAGCUUGCGCUGCAGGUCAAGGAAGAACUGACCUGGCUUUAUGAAGAAGCCAGGGCCGUCACCGCGUCCUGCGUCGGCGGGAUGGAUCCGCGCACCGAGCGGCGGCAACUGGAUCGCGGCGUGCACAUCGUCGUCGGAACACCUGGCCGCUUGCGUGACCAUAUCGAGCGCGGCGCGCUUGACCUGUCUGAAUUGCGCGCGGUCGUACUCGAUGAAGCCGAUGAAAUGCUCGACAUGGGUUUCCGCGAGGAUCUUGAGUUUAUUCUCGACGCGGCUCCUCAGGAGCGCCGAACGCUAAUGUUUUCGGCGACCGUUCCCAAGCCGAUUGCGGAGCUUGCGAAGAGAUUUCAGAAGGACGCGGUUCGUCUCUCGACUAUCAACGCGCGGGAGCAGCACGGCGACAUCCAUUAUGUCGCUCAUCCUGUUGCGCCGAAUGAACGAGAGAACGCAAUCAUCAACGUCCUGCGAAUGCAUGAGGCUGAAAAGGCGAUUGUCUUCUGUUCUACACGCGAAGCCGUCAGCCGUCUGACGUCGCGACUCGCCAACCGCGGUUUUUCGAUUGUUUCUCUUUCCGGCGAACUCAGCCAGGAACAGCGUUCCAGUGCAUUGGCCGCCAUGAAAGACGGCCGCGCGCGCGUCUGCGUUGCCACCGAUGUUGCCGCGCGCGGGAUUGACCUGCCAAAUCUGGAUCUGGUUGUCCACGCGGAUCUUCCAACCGGGAAAGCUGGACUGCUCCAUCGGUCCGGGCGUACCGGCCGCGCAGGACGAAAGGGAACCUGUGUUCUCAUGGUGCCGUUCCCAAGACGGCGCCAGGCUGAACGCGUACUUCAAUUUGCGGGGAUCAAGGCAACCUGGACCGGUGCGCCCACGGCCGAAGCCAUCCGCGCAAACGACAAGGAACGGCUUCUUGCCGACCCUGCGCUGUCAGUGGAACUCGAAGACGAGGACCGUGCACUGGCGAUGGAACUCCUCGCACUGCACAGCGCGGAACAACUGGCAGCUGCGUUCGUCAAGCUGAGACAGUCUCGCAUGCCCGCGCCGGAAGAGAUUGCGGAGAUCGAUGAAUCUUCGCUCAGGGGACGGGACGCCGGAUCACGUGGUGGCCGAACCGCGGAAAUUACCGGAAAGUUCGAGGACGGCAUCUGGUUUUCCCUGUCGCUUGGUCACAGGCAACGGGCAGAGCCACGCUGGAUCCUGCCGAUGAUCUGCCGCGCGGGCCAUGUCACCAAGAAAGAAGUCGGUGCGAUCAAGAUCUUCCAGAACGAGCUGUAUUUCGAAAUCGCAGGCAGUCACGGCAAGCGCUUUUCCGAUGUUAUCAAGCGUGAGGGUUCAGGCGAGGAAAACGUCACGAUCACGCUUCUGGACGCGCGGGGCGGCAAGAUCCCCGCACCACCCAAGGACGACGGGUUCCGGCGCGACCGCGGCGGUCCGCCCAAGCGCCGCCCGCGCAAGGCGGAUGCACCAGACUACGAGACACUCGGACCGGAAGACAGCCUCAAUUCCGGCAAACCGAAACGUGGCCCGAAGCGCGAUUUCGAUGCGCCACGCGGCAAGAAACGGCGCCGCGACGAUGAUGCCGCUCCCAAUCAUCCCGCUUAUGAGCCGCUUGACAUGAAGGCGCUUUCAAAGGACCAGGAUAGCGGCGACAGCAAACCGCACCGGAAGGGCGCCAAGGAAGGCGACGCCGAUGCGCGGCGCAAGCCGAAACCACGGAUAGCGGCCAAAACGUCCCCUGCCAAAAAGAAGGCCCCGAAAAAGAACAAGCCUUCCCGUGCAGAGCGGAAGGCGUCAAAGGCGCAGAAAUAA